UUGUGUUGACAUUGCAUCUGCCUCGUCAACAUCUGUUUGGAAAGCUCUUUGCUCUCAUUACAAAUUUUCGUUAUGGCUUCGGGAAAUAAUUUCAACGGCAAGAUAGCGCUGGUUACAGGAGGAGGCAGUGGCAUAGGCCGUGCAGUGUGCCAGAUUCUCGCCCGUGAAGGUGCCAAGGUCAGUGUGUGUGAUAUCAACCUGCAGGGUGCCCAAGAAACAUUGGCAUCUCUGAAACAGCCUGGCGUCCAUGUCGCCUUGCACAUGGAUGUGGCAGACAAGGAGUCCGUGCGUGAGGCACUCAGUGCCACUCAAGAGAAGCUCAAAGGCACUCCGACCUUGCUAGUGAACAGCGCCGGCAUUUCCCACCAGACGCCUUUCCUGGAGAUGUCAGAGGAGGCGUUCAUGAAGGUCGUCGACGUCAAUCUCAAGGGCACGUUCCUCGUGAGCCAGCUCGUGUGCAACGCCAUGAUCGAGCGCGGCGAGGCCAAGGGCGGCUCCGUGGUCAACAUUGCGAGCUUGGCAGGCAGGAACGGCCUGGCCAUGAACUGCCAGUACGCGGCGACGAAGGGAGGCGUCAUGGCCUUCACGAAGUCGUGUGCCAAGGAACUCGCCAAGACAGGUAUGAGGGUGAACUGCAUAUUGCCCGGGGCCAUUAGGACACCCCUGCUUGCAGUCAUUUCCGAGGAACGCAUAAAGGAAGGAAUGAAAGUCAAUGCUCUGGGUCGGCCGGGAGAACCUGAAGAAGUGGCUGAAAUGGUCGCAUUUCUACUCUCCGAGAAGAGCACUUACAUGAUGGGCGCGUGUGUUGAAGUGACCGGAGGACACUAUGCUUGAGUGUUUUAGAGGUGUGAACAAGAUGGUUCUACGUUUACCUGGAUAUGAAAUAUUCACGUGAAUAAAAGCUGAAAAUCUCUCUCGUUCUCUCUCUCUCUCUGUCUCCCUCUCUCUCUCUCUCUCUUUCCUUUAAAAUUUUUCGUCCUUUCCCUUGGUUUCGAAAAAUUGAAAAUAUCGAAAGUGAUUGGAUUAUUUUAAAAAUCUUCAUCCUUUAUGCUCAUGGAAAUAUCACAGAUUAGGAAAAAUAAAGUAACCGGACUUA